CGCCCGUCGGGGGUGAAGCGCGGGCCGGCCUUUUCCCCCCGCGCCCCUGGCAAGCAGCCGGCCGGUCUUCCUCCCCAGGGCGGCGGGGCGGCCGCAGAUGCUUUCCAGAUGUGGCGGCCUGGCCGCUGACGGGGAGGCGGGCCCAGUCUGGCUCAGCGGCGUCCGGCCGGGCCGGAGUCCCCGCCAGAGGCCAGCCCGCCCCGCGAGGUGACGCAGCAGCCGGCCACGGCUCGGGCCCCUCACGCCGAGCCCCCCGCCCAGGCCCCGUCCUGCUUGCCUGCCUGCCAGCCAGCCAGCCGAGGGCAAGCGGCUCCGGGCCCGCGUCGGCGCGCCGGCCGGCCGGCCAUGGGGCAAGCAGUUGCAGCCCUAUCCGUGAUUUGACUAGAAUGACACAACAGAAGAGAAGAGAAGAGAAUUUUUAUUGGCCAAGUGUGAUUGGACACACAAAGAAUUUGUCUUGGUGCAUCUGCUCUCAGUGGACAUAAAAGAAAAGAUACCUUCAUCAAGGUUCACUGGUGGACAAGAGGAAUGCUUUGGUUAUAAUCUACCUUUGACAAGUUACCCAAACAUUCUCAUUGCCAGACUAUUAAAGGGUGGCACUACAGUAAGGAACCACAUCAAGGUGCAUCCAGUUCUCCAUUAACUCUCUCACAAGAUAAGGGAAGAUGGCCACAGAGCAGAAGUGACCUUUGCCCACCAUUCCUGGCUUAAUAAUUGACAUGUUUCAUCACGCUAAUAAAUCCCCAGAGGCGACACAUAUAUAAAGGACCUGCAGCGUCUUAGCAGAUCCCUUUGUGUGCGAGCCCCUCUCUGGCUUCUCCUCAGCCAUGGCCAAAGGAUUCUUCAUCAGCAAGUCUUUGGGGAUCGUAGGCAUUGUCCUUGGCCUGGGGGCCGUGGCCACCAUCAUCGCCCUCUCGGUUGUCUACACCCAGGAGAAGCAGCGGGCAGAUAAUGCGCUCGCCAACCAGGGCCCAAGCAGCACCAUCACAGCUGGUGCUACUAUAGCCAGCACUGUCCAAGCUACCAUGGCCGGCGCCACCAGAGCUACCACGGCCAGCACCACCAGAGCUACCACAGCCAGCACCACCAGAGCUACCAUGGCCAGCACCAUCAGAACUACCAUGGCCAGCACCACUAGAGCUACCAUGGCCAGCACCACCAGAGCUACCACGGCCGGCGCCAACAGCACUAUCACAACCAAGCCUUUGGAGCCUUGGGACCACAUGCGGUUGCCCAAAACUUUGAUGCCCACAUUUUACACUAUCUCUCUGCAGCCAUUUCUGGAAGAGAUCAGACCAGACUUCUACAUUUUCAAAGGCAACAGCACAGUGGAGUUCCGGUGCAAGCAACCUACAGACCUCAUACUCAUCCACAGCAAAAAGCUGAAUUACACUCUGCAGGAGACAUUCCUUGCAUCCCUGACAGGAGUUGAUGUUGUUGCACCUGCCAUUGAAAAAACUUGGCUAGUGGAGAAGACAGAAUACUUGGUGGUGAAACUCAAAGAGAAACUCCAGCAGGAUAAGACCUAUAAGCUGUAUGCCGAGUUCACUGGGGAACUGGCAGAUGAUCUGGCUGGCUUCUACCGCAGUGCAUAUAUGGAAGAACGGGUACUCAAGCUGGUGGCUACAACCCAGAUGCAGGCUGCUGAUGCCCGCAAAGCUUUUCCUUGCUUUGAUGAGCCUGCCAUGAAGGCCAACUUCUCCAUCACGCUGAUUCACUUGCCUAAAUAUAAGGCACUCUCCAACAUGCCUGUUAAAAAGACUGAGGAAGUAACAAUGUCAAAUGGAACAACCUGGACCCGGACUGAAUUUGAACCCACCCUUAAGAUGUCUACCUACUUGCUUGCUUUUAUUGUCAGCGAGUUUGAGAAUGUGUCUGCUAUCCAGAAUGACAUCCUGAUCCAGAUCUGGGGCCGCCCCAAGUCAAUCAAGGAAGGCCAGGGGGACUACGCCCUACAUGUCACCUGGCCCAUUCUCAACUUCUUCGAGCGGCAGUACAAUGUGCCUUAUCCUCUGAAGAGAUUAGACCAAGUCGCUCUUCCGGAUUUCAACGCUGGAGCAAUGGAGAAUUGGGGGCUGAUUACAUACCGUGAGAGUGCCCUACUAUUUGACCCAGUAUUCUCUUCCAUCGGCAACAAGGAACGGAUUGUGACAGUGAUUGCUCAUGAAGUUGCCCACCAGUGGUUUGGAAACCUGGUAACCCUGGAGUGGUGGAAUGAGCUGUGGCUAAACGAGGGCUUUGCGUCCUACGUGGAAUAUUUGGGUGCAGAUGAAGCUGAGCCCACAUGGAAUAUUAAAGACCUGAUUGUGCCAAAUGAUGUAUACCGUGUGAUGGCCAUCGAUGCCCUGGCUUCCUCACACCCGCUCUCCAGCCCUGCAGAUGAAGUCAACACUCCAGCUCAGAUCAGUGAAGUCUUCGAUGCCAUUUCCUACAGUAAGGGGGCGGCUGUGAUCCGAAUGCUCUCCGAAUUCCUCACCGAGCCGGUCUUCAGAGAAGGGUUGCAGUCCUACUUCGAGACCUACCAGUAUGAAAAUACUGUUUGUGAUGACCUCUGGAAAGAACUGCAGAUGGUGGUGAACAAGAAGAACAUGAGUCUCCCAGGCACUGUCAAGACCAUAAUGGACCGCUGGACCUUGCAGAUGGGCUUCCCGGUUCUCACAGUUAAUACCACUAGAGGCAUCAUCACCCAAAAACAUUUUCUGCUGGACCCAGAAAGUCCCGUUGAGCGACCCUCAGAGUUCAAUUACACCUGGAUUGUUCCGGUCUCCUGGCUGAGCAAAGGAAAGGAGGCAGAGAUGUACUGGCUCACAGACACUUCAGCUGAAAAUGCCAACUUCUCAACUUCUGCUGACCCUGCCCAGUGGCUGCUACUCAAUAUUAAUGUCAUGGGCUAUUUCCGGGUAAACUAUGAUUUGGAAAACUGGGAGAGGCUCAUGAAUCAGCUGAAUGAAGACCUUCAGAAGAUCCCCAUUCUAAAUCGUGCUCAGAUCAUCGAUGAUGCCUUCAACCUGGCUAGAGCCAAGCACGUGGGCAGCGACCUUGCCCUGAAUACCACCCGCUACCUGGCCCAGGAGAGGGAGUACCUUCCUUGGGACACGGCCCUGGACAACCUGGACUACUUCCGCCUCAUGUUUGAUCGCAGCGAAGUCUACGGGCCGAUGCAGAAAUACAUCCGGAAGCAGGUCACCCCCUUGUUUGACCACUUUCAGAACCUCACUCUCAACUGGACCCAAAUCCCAGAUGGCUUGAUGAAUCAGUAUAACCAGAUCCUGGCCAUCCGCACUGCCUGCUCCAAUGGAGUCCCUGAGUGCAAAGAGCUGGCCUCCUCCUGGUUUAAGGCCUGGAAAGACAACCCCAGCGUCAACAGGAUCCCGCCCAAUCUGCGCUCCGCCAUCUACUGCAGCGCCAUCAGCACAGGCGGCCUGGAGGCCUGGGACUUUGCCUGGAAGAUGUUUCAGCAGGCCCAGGUGAUCUCAGAGGCUGACAAGCUGCGCGGGGCCCUGACCUGCAGCCAGACCCCCUGGAUCCUUCAGAGGUACCUUCAGUAUACCCUGGACUCCACCUUGAUCCGCCGCCAGGAUGCCACGUCCACCAUCAACGGCAUUGCCAGCAAUGUGGUGGGGCAGCCUCUGGCCUGGGAUUUUGUGCGCAUGAACUGGAGGACCCUCUUCCAGCAGUUUGGGGGAAGCUCCUUCUCUUUCUCCAGCCUCAUCCAGUCGGUGACCCAGAGAUUUGCAUCUCCAUUUGAACUUCAACAGCUGGAGCAGUUCAAGGCAGACAAUGCGGAUGUGGGCUUCGGCUCUGCCACCCGGGCGCUGGAGCAGGCCUUGGAGAGAACGAAGGCCAACAUCAAGUGGGUGGCAGAGAACCAGCCGCUUGUCCUGCAGUGGUUCAAGGACAGCUUGUAGGGGGACUCGGCAGUGCUGCUGCAGGGCAGAGGUUCCGGCCAGAGGGGCAACGUCCGGGAUGUUGCAUUGGGCUCAGUGACUCUCCCUCUGGGCACCUGAGGGCAAAGGAGCAGGUGGGCUGGGACUCUCUCUGACCACGGCAAUGCCCCUCUAUAAUUUUGUAACUCCAACACUGUAAAUUAAAGUCUCUCUUGAAUGGAA